UUUACCUGGCAAAGCUCAAUGAGGAAGUGUCAUUGACAGCGCGUUGGAAGCCGGUGUUGUCCAUUCUCAAUAAAGAUCACAGCGACUCCACAAAAAUGGCGAGCGCAGCUGUCCGAAGUGUGUAAAGUUUUGUUGAAGUGUGACAGUCCGGGGGUAAUGAUGGCGGCGGUAGACGUGGAAGAGGAGAGUGUCUUGGCCUCGGUGUUCCGUAGCAGCUUCCCGGAGAGCUGGCGGGACAGCCCGGACUUUGCUGCUUACUUGUUGGAGCUCAGCUCCUUCGGGGUAGAGAAGCUGAAGAGGGAACCGGAGAGGCUGAGCGAGGAGCGGGCGCAGAUUCUGCAGCAGACCCGGGAGCUGGCCUUCACCCACUACAAGACCUUUAUCCGUACUGCCGACUGCACCGAGCUCAUCUACCGGGACUUCGGACAGGUGGAGGACAAUGUGUCUCGACUGCUGGGCAAACUGCCCAGCUUCCAGGAGACCUGCAGGGGUUUUGUUAAGCAAGCCGAAGACAUCAGUUCCAGUCGACGUAUGAACACACUGACCUUGAACCGACAUACAGAAAUCUUAGAGAUCUUGGAGAUCCCACAGUUAAUGGAUACUUGUGUGCGCAACGGUUAUUAUGAAGAGGCUCUGGAGCUCGCUGCCUAUGUUAAACGCCUAGAGAAGAAACAUUCUUCUAUACCUGUCAUCCAGGGAAUAGUGAAUGAGGUCCGGCAAUCUUCACAGCUCAUGUUAACUCAGCUUCUGCAGCAGCUGCGCAGUAAUAUUCAGCUUCCGGCCUGCUUGCGUGUGAUUGGCUACCUUCGCAGGAUGGAUGUCUUCACAGAGGCUGAGUUGCGUAUCAAGUUCCUCCAGGCCCGGGAUGCUUGGCUGCGAUCUCUGCAGAGCUCCAUCCCUCAGGAUGACCCAUAUUUCCACCUGACUAAAACUAUUGAGAGCUGCCGUGUCCACUUGUUUGAUGUCAUCACACAGUAUCGAGCUAUAUUCUCUGAUGAAGACCCCCUCCUGCUACCACCUCCGCCCAGUGGCCUUUUACCUGUCAAUGAGUCGGCUAUAUUUCAUGGUUGGGUGCUACAGAAGAUCAGUGAGUUUCUACAAGUGCUGGAAAGUGACCUUCAGAAGGGUGUUGGUAGCCGACUUGACUCUCUUUUGGGUCAGUGCAUGUACUUUGGACUGUCCUUUAGCCGCGUAGGGGCAGAUUUCCGUGGUCAGCUAGCACCUAUCUUUCAGCGUGUCGCUGCAGAGAACUUUGCACGAGCAGCCAAGGAAGCUGUGGAGAAAUUCCAGGAGGAGAUGAACAUGUAUACAUUGAUCUCUUCCCCCAUGGUACUGGGCACCAGUGUUCCAACACCACAUGCCCAACCCGGAACCUUGCAGCCUCCUAUGGUGCUUCUGGAUUUCCCUCCACUAGCUUGCUUUCUUAACAACAUACUAGUGGCAUUUAAUGACUUGCGUCUUUGCUGUCCAGUAGCUCUGACUCAGGAGGUGACAAACGCACUUCAAGACUCUUUGGAAAAGGUUGUGAAAACUAUCCUAUCAUUACAUCGAGCUGAGGAAGCUGCUUUCAGCGUUCAGGAAAGGGAACUGUUUGUUCAAUUCUGCACAGUUUUCCUGGAGGACCUGACACCAUAUCUAAACCGUUGCUUACAGGUUCUCUUCCCUCCAGCUCAGAGAGCUCAAAUUCUAGGUGUGCCCCCUACACAGCUUUCACGGUAUGGCAACUUGGGCUCCAUCAAUGUCAAUGUUCUGCAUGAAGCCUUGGAUGGACUAUUGCCACAGAAGGAGCCUGUACUUGUGACUGAGAGUGAACCAGUGACUGAAUCAUCAACUGAAUCGGCACCAGAAGAAACAUUCCCACCCCCCAAAAGUAUAGAAGUGCCAGUGAAAAACAGUGAACAGAAACCUUCUGCUCCUACAGAGAUGGCUAUGCCUACAGAAGAUAGCCAGUGACAGUUCUAUUGGGAACAUGGCAUUCAGAAGUGGGAUUGGCCUGGUACUCCUAGAUUAACGGGACACUCCAACUAAAAUAUUAGCUUUAUACGUGUUUGGUGAAUCGCCCAUGUGAUUACAUGCAUUGGAGCAAUGAAGUUCCAUUAAUUCUGAAUUGACUGCAACGCACUUUACUGACAGAUGUUCUCUGCAAUGCACCAAUGUAUGCCAGAAAUGGUAUAUACACCUAUUUUAGUAUCAAAUGAAUAGGCUACCGUAACACAACAUCUGCACUCCAAUUGUGCCCAUAACAUUUAAGUUAAUAAAGGCUUUAGAAAAUAAAAAUACAACAUUUGCUAAAAGCUUCAUUUUGUAAAGAAACCCCAAUCACAUACAAGGGGGGCGGGGGCAGUUUUGCUUGCACUUGAUUGGAUGAUGGAAGUUGGCAGAGAUUCGCCACAUUUAUGAAGAUUUGGGAGUAAUUCACUUGUAGAGGAGUACAACUGCACUGCCCAGAAAGCAGCCUAUUUACCUUUUAGUAAACAUAUAAAUGUC